UUGAAGAUUCACUUCAUACGUGACUUUGUUCCUCUGAGGCUGAUCUAUUUACCUGUGAGGUCAUGGACACAGGAAGCUGCCUGUGCUUAUGUCAUAGCCCUCAUGGCGGUGUACUGGUGCACUGAGGUUUUGCCACUGGCUGUGACGGCACUGCUGCCGACCAUCCUCUUCCCCGUCCUCGGCAUCAUGGAGUCCAAAGACGUGUGUAUGCAGUACCUGAAGGACACCAACAUGCUGUUUGUGGGGGGGUUGAUGAUGGCCGUGGCCGUGGAGCACUGGAACCUCCACAAACGCAUCGCGCUCAGAGUUCUGCUGCUGGUCGGAGUCCGACCCGCUCUCUUGAUGCUGGGUUUCAUGGGAGUGACGGCCUUCCUGUCCAUGUGGAUCAGUAACACGGCCACCACCGCCAUGAUGGUGCCCAUCGUCCAGGCCGUCCUGGACCAGCUCCACGGCAACGUCGACCCUGAACCUUCCUCCAAGAUCCAGAGAACGACUGUGGUUCCACAUCAGGAGAAAACCAUCAGUGAUCCAGAAAACAUGGCCGCCGACCACCACCUGACGUCAGAGGGUGAAACAGACGACGUCCAACCACAAGACAAACCUCCGUCAGUGCGUGUGUGUGUGGACAGCUGCUGCCCCCCGGUGGAGGUUGUGAGCGAGGUGGAGGACGAGUCGAGGACGAUGAGUAAAGGCCUCCUGCUGAGCGUUUGUUACGCCGCCAGCAUCGGAGGCAUCGCCACGCUGACAGGAACUGGACCGAACCUGGUUCUGAUUGGUCAGAUGAGCCAGCUCUUCCCUCAGAACGGAGACGUGAUCAACUUUGCGUCGUGGUUUGUCUUCGCGUUUCCGACCAUGGUGCUGAUGCUGACGCUCGCCUGGUUCUGGCUGCAGUUCCUCUACGUCGGCUGCAACUUGCGGAAGACGUGGGGUUGUGGCGCCAUCCAAUCAGAGAAGGAGCGAGCUGCGUACAACGUGAUCAAGGACGAGCACCGCCGCCUGGGGCCGAUGAGUUACGGAGAACUCAGCGUCCUGGCGCUUUUCCUCCUCAUGGUGGCGCUAUGGUUCACACGAGACCCCCGCUUCAUGGAUGGCUGGGCCACUCACAUCUUCAACGCCAAGGCCGAGUUCGUCACUGAUGCCACCGUCUCUCUCUUUGUUGCUGUGUUGUUGUUUGUUCUUCCCUCUGAGCCGAGGUAUCUCUGCUGCUGGAGGAGCUCUGACACAGAGGCCGAGGUGUGGAGAGGCCCCGCCCCUCCUCUGCUCACCUGGCAGGUGACUCAGGAGAAGAUGCCGUGGAGCAUCGUCCUGCUGCUCGGAGGAGGCUUCGCUCUGGCUAAAGGCAGCGAGGAGUCAGGUCUGUCUCGUUGGCUCGGGGAUCAGAUGACUCCCCUCCAGUCGAUCCCUCCCUGGGCCAUCGCCAUCGUCAUCUGUCUCCUGGUCGGCACCUUCACGGAGUGCGCCAGCAACGUCGCCACGGCAACACUGUUCCUGCCCAUCCUGGCCUCCAUGUCUCAGUCGAUGGGUUUGAACCCUCUGUACGUGAUGAUCCCGUGCACCCUCAGCGCCUCCUUCGCCUUCAUGCUGCCGGUGGCCACGCCUCCCAACGCCAUCGUCUUCUCCUAUGGUCUCCUCAAGGUGUCCGACAUGGCUAAAACAGGUGUGGUGAUGAACGUCAUUGGGAUUGGCUGCAUCAAUCUGGCGAUCAACAGUUGGGGUCGUGUCCUGUUUUCUCUGGACUCGUUCCCGUCGUGGGCCAACGUCACUGCCCCUGUGUAGACGCACCUGUUCGUACCACCAGCUGUUCGGAGGCUUCACCUCCGGACGCUGGUGAAAACUGUUCGUCCUUCAGCUUGUGACGCUGCGUCUGAGCCACCGGAGGCAGCGUCUGCUCGACGAUGGACGACAUGACAGCUCCCACAGCAUCUGGAUCGCCCCCUGGUGGCUGGCUGCAGUAUAGGUCAUAAACCCCAUCCACGUUAGCAAAUGGGACCAAACCAAAGAACCCGGACUCUGACUAUAAAUUAUGUCAUCACCACAAGAUGGCAAUGUUCAUAUCCGAGAUAUUUUGGCUUCGUUUCUGGAGAAAGUGGAGACAUGUCGUCGUCUUAAUUUAAAGUCUGUGAUUCAGUCUCGUUCACUGUUCUGAUGAACACAUGUCGUCUGUUUGAUGCUAAUGCUAAAAAAACGCACAGGAAGUGGAGGGACGAUUUCCUUUGAACCACUGGAAAGCUUAAAAUUUGAAACAUCUGUGAAGAAACAUUUCUGUAAAAAUGGAUUCAGAUAGUUUUAAAUGGAUUUAUUUAUAUAAACAUUAACAUUAAGUCAUAUUUCAUUUGUUUCUUUAAUUUGUUUUGAGCCAAAUUAAAAAAAUCCACACUUCCUGCAGAUGUUUCACAGUAAAAUCCUGAAACGCACAAACUGCUGCUACUGUUUCCAGCUCGUCUUGUUUACAAUGUCUCUGCUGAAGCCAAAAAUAAAAGAAAACAUUCAUCCAAAAUAAAAUGGAAAUUGGAAAAAGAAUAAAGUUUUAGAUUUGAUUGUAUAUGUAAUAACAUAUUAAAAGAAGAGCAGAUGAGAUAAGAUUGAAGCUAAAUGAUGAUUAAAUAUAAUUUUACAUCAUAGUUUAAAUGAAGUUUUAGGGUUAGGUCAGGUCUUCAGCAGAGGAAAAUAAAGUUUAAUAUCUUAAAUAUAUUUUUCUCUGUGAACAGUUAACCUCAACUCAAAAUGAAGAACAAACAGACACCAGCUGUGAUCACUGUGAAUUGGAAUGAAUUGAUCAGUCAUUAGAUAAAUACAUAUUGUAUGUUUUCUAUUGUUUUCUAUUUAAACAAGAGUUUUAUGAAGUAACAUAGUUUAAUGUACUGUACAUUUACUUUUUUUAUGGUCUGUUUCUAACAGUUUUAUUUGUUUUUAAUAAACGUGGCUCUUCAAUGUGAA